CCUUAACGUUUAUCUUGUCCAUCGCCUUCGGGUUCCAAGCACCAAGAUGGCUACGUCCACCCGAUACUCUUUCUUCAAUCCCUCGUCAACCUUAACUGGACCACCCAAUUUAAAGAAAUUCCAGAAAAAUUGUUCUUUCAAAAUCUCCAAAUUCCCUAAAAAAUCAAUCAAAACCCCUUCUUUGAAAGAGAUUUGUCAUCUAGGAAACCUUGAAGAAGCUUUCAUAUCUCUUAGCAAUUUCUUCGCUCCACAAAACCCACCUGAGUCUUCCUUAGACGAAGCUUAUUCAUUAGUUCUUGAACUUUGUGCAAGCAAGAAUGCCUUAUCACAAGGCCAACAAAUCCAUGCCCAUGUCAUAAAAUCUAAUGAUAAUUUUGAUUCAGGAUUUUUGAGAACUAAGCUUGUGUUCAUGUAUGGGAAAUGUGGGUCUCUUAUAAAUGCUGAGAAGGUGUUUGACAGAAUGUCUGAGAGGACUAUUUUCACAUGGAAUGCCAUGAUUGGUGCUUAUAUUACCAAUGGGGAACCUUUCGGAGCACUUGAAUUGUAUUUGGAAAUGCGGGCUCGUGAUGUUCCUCUUGAUGCUUGUACUUUUCCUUGUAUACUUAAAGCAUGUAGUGGCCUUAAAGAUCUUCGUUGUGGGACUGAAGUUCAUGGUCUAGCAAUCAAAAUGGGGUUUGUUUCUAAUGUAUUUGUUGUCAAUUCGCUUGUGGGUAUGUAUGCGAAAUGCAAUGAUCUCGGUGGGACAAUGCUGUUGUUCACCAGCACGAGUGCAUGUCACGACGUUGUAUCAUGGAAUUCAAUUAUUUCGACUAAUGCUGCAAACGGACAAUCCAUUGAAGCUUUGAGGCUAUUUACAGAAAUGCUGGAAGCUGGUCUUGCCCCCAGCACGUAUACCUUUGUCGCUGUUCUUCAAGCCUGUGAUGAGUCCUCAUUUGUAAAAUUUGGCAUGGAAAUACAUGCUAUUAUAUUGAAAUAUGGUCACCAUCUUGAUUUAUAUGUGUCCAAUGCUUUGGUUGUGAUGUACACAAAAUGUGGAAAAAUUGGUGAUGCUGCAAGAAUUUUCAUGAGAAUGGAUGAGAAGGACAAUAUAUCAUGGAAUUCAAUGCUCUCAGGUUUUGUCCAAAAUGGCUUAUACAAUGACUCUCUGCUAUUCUUUCGUGAGAUGCAAGAAGUAGGUCAAAAACCUGACCAGGUUUCAAUCACAAGCGUCCUCACUACCUCUGCUAGAUUGGGAAAUCUGUUGAAUGGGAUGGAAAUUCAUGCAUAUGCUAUAAAAAAUGGAUUACAUUCUGAUUUGCAGGUUGGGAACACACUUAUGGAUAUGUAUGCAAAAUGUUAUAGGAUGAACUAUAUGGGCUCUGUUUUUGACAGGAUGCCCAAUAAAGACUUCAUUUCCUGGACAACAGUCAUUGCUGGCUAUGCUCAGAAUAAUUGUCAUUUUAGGGCUUUACAAUUGUUCCGGGAAGUACAGAGGGAAGGAAUGGAUGCUGAUGCAAUGAUGAUUGGAAGCGUCCUACUGGCUUGUAGUGGUUUGAAGUGCAUUACCCUUGUAAAAGAAAUUCAUGGUUACAUGUUGAGAAGAGGAUUAUCUGAUAUUGUGCUACAGAAUUCAGUUAUGGACGUCUAUGGAGAGUGCGGGGACAUAGAUAAGGCAUCUCGUGUUUUUGAAUCAAUUGAAGUUAAAGAUAUUGUGUCGUGGACGAGCAUUAUAUCUUGUUAUGUCCAUAAUGGGCUUGCAAAUGAGGCUCUUGACCUUUUCCUUUCCCUCAAAGAAACGGGCAUUGAACCUGAUUGUAUAGCCUUAGUGAGCGCACUCACUGCAGCUGCAAGUUUAUCUGCCUUGAGGAAAGGAAAAGAGAUACAUGGGUUCUUGUUCAGGAAGGGUUUUUUCCUAGAGGGUUCCGCUGCAAGCUCUCUUGUCGAUAUGUAUGCUUGCUGUGGGACUUUAGAGAACUCGUGCAAGGUAUUUAAAUUUAUCAGAUACAAAGAUUUAGUUCUAUGGACUAGUAUGAUCAAUGCAUACGGAAUGUAUGGGCGUGGUAAGGAAGCCAUUGAAUUAUUUAGAAGGAUGGAGGAUGAAGAUUUAGUUCCUGAUCAUAUUACCUUCUUGGCACUUCUUUAUGCUUGUAGCCACUCAGGACUGGUAGAUGAAGGUAUAAUGAUUUUUGAAAUAAUGGAACGUGAAUAUCAAUUAGAGCUAUGGCCAGAACACUGUGCUUGCCUGGUUGAUUUGCUUGGCCGUGCAAACCACUUAAAAGAGGCAUUCCAAUUUGUGAAAAGCAUGCGCAUGGAACCUACUGCUGCAGUGUGGUGUGCUCUCCUUCGCGCUUGCUGGGUUCACUCCAACAAAGAAUUAGGAGAAUUUGCAGCACAUAAGCUUCUAGAAUUGGAUCCAGAGAAUCCGGGAAAUUAUAUACUUGUAUCUAAUGUUUUUGCCGCAACUGGUAGAUGGGAAGAUGUGGAGGAAGUAAGAAUGAGAAUGAAGGGAAAAGGGUUGAGGAAAGAUCCAGGGUGUAGUUGGAUUGAGGUUGGGAAUAGAGUUCACACAUUCAUGGCGAGAGACCGAUCUCAUCCACAAUCAGAUGAGAUUUACCAUAAGUUAGGUCAAAUUACUGAGAUAUUGGAGAGUGAAGGAGACUAUGUGGCUCAAACCAAGUUUGUUCUGCACAAUGUAGAUGAAGAAACGAAAGUCAAGAUGCUUCAAGGGCACAGUGAAAGGCUGGCCAUUGCAUAUGGCUUGCUUACAGCACCGGAGGGAAGCCCAAUUCGAAUAACGAAGAACCUUCGGGUUUGUGGAGAUUGUCAUAGUUUCAUUAAGCUAGUCACGAAGUUCUUUGGAAGAGAAAUUAUUAUGAGGGAUGCCAAUAGAUUCCAUCAUUUUGUAGGUGGAGUAUGCUCUUGUGGAGAUUUUUGGUAACCAUUUCAGAUCAUCAAUUUUAUUUAUGGUCAUUUUUGUUUGAUAUAUAAAAGUUAGACAUGACAUAUGUGAGGGCAUAUGUUUGAUUAUAUGCGACUCACUUUGUACAAAAUAAUGGUAGUGUUAUGUUUCCUUCCAAUGUAUAUCUGUGACACAGAUACUUGGGGUGAUGACUUCUUUAGUGUCGAAGCAUCCAUUGCUGAGGACUACUUGUAAUGACUCUCCACCUGAUGAGCUAUGGUUCCAGUAUGUUACUUUGCAAAUGGUCCAGCUCUAGCCCCCAAUCUGUAUAUCUCCAGAGAUAGAGGAUAAGGAUCUAAAUGAAGGCUUCAUUUAUUUAUUUAUUUA